GCUUAGCAGGUAUAUUAGUAUAGGUAUUUUACGUGCAUGGAAAAUUGAACAUCACUGCUCGAAAGUGGUUAGAAUCUCUUUCUGUUUCGUGCUAACAACGAAGAGCAUUAACACAUCGCUAUGACGAACUCAAAGGGUUACCGACGUGGUACAAGAUACCUGUUCUCCCGUAAAUUUCGGAGACAUGGAACUAUUCCACUGUCUUCGUACAUGAAGACGUACAAAGUUGGAGACAUUGUUGACAUUAAGGGAAAUGGAGCUGUGCAGAAGGGUAUGCCAUACAAGGUUUAUCACGGCAAGACUGGCCGCGUAUUUAACGUGACGGCGCAUGCGUUGGGAGUGAUAGUAAAUAAGAGAGUGCGAGGCCGCAUCAUCGCCAAGAGGAUCAACGUACGCAUCGAGCACGUGAGCCACUCGAAGUGCCGGGAUGACUUCCUCAAGCGCGUGAAGGAAAACGAGAAGCUGAGGAAAGAAGCAAAAGAAAAGAACAUUCGCGUUCAACUUAAGAGGCAGCCAGCCGAACCAUCCAAAGCACAUAUUGUGUCGGGACGCGAAGCACCGAUCCUGCUUGCACCUAUUCCAUAUGAAUUUAUUGCUUAAAUAUUAAAGUCCCUAAACUGAGAAAAA